GGCCAAAUGGGGAACAGCCAGUUCUGUUCGGGCUAUGGUGGGCUCCUCCUCCUCCUCCUCCUCCUCGGACUCCCCGGGCUCCUCGGGCCCCUCGCUCCGAGAAGCUUGUUGUUUUGGGUGUGCCUUGGUUUUCGUCAACACCACUAGAGUCGCCAUCUCCCCUCUGUAACUUUCGAGGCAGGCGUUUCUCAUGUGCCGUUGAUUGAUCUGAUAGCAAUCAAUAGCCACGAUCAAUCCACGGUGUCGCAGCAAUGGCCUCACCCAUGCGGGCUCUGUCAGCCUUGGCCCCAGCCACCGGGUCCACUGCCAUUGCUACUACUACUACUACUGAUGCUGUUGCUGGUGCUGCCAGAGGUGGGUGUGCCUCGUCGUUGCGUUGUUUGGUGAGCAAAUCGACGGUUGUGAUCGCGCACACCACGAAUGUUGGACUUCCUCCUUGCGAUUCGUCCACCACGCCUUUGACAAGAUUGUCACCUUCCACUGAGCUGAUCGCUGCGGCCAUUGCCCUCAGCUCACGGCUCCGCUGCAAUGGUCUCCCUCCCCCGUCUCCUCUCGAGUGCAGAAUCCCCCAUCCGCGUGGUGGCAGUCUGAGCAUUGCCGCACGCUCGUGCUCUGUCGGUGACAUCAAAAAUUCGCUCAUACUUCCGGCGCCAUCCGCUUCAUCCGCCGCGUUGUCAGCGUCAUCAUCCACAUCAGCCUUGUCUUCUGCUUCACCUGCCCCACGCAUGUCUUCGUGGAAUCAUGGUGGUGUCAGGUCUCUUCCAUGGAAUGGAUCAUCGCAACCGUUGACAACAUCGAUGGCUGUGCCCGUCUUUCAAUCCAUGGAUGCGGAGGAGAUUCUUGUUGUCGCUUCCGUCCCGAUCCCAGUGGUCAGAGGUGAAAUGGCGGCGGGCGAAGCAAUGGCUGUUGGAUCUGACGGCGUGGACAGUGCAGCAACUGCUUGCUGCUGUGCCCAUUCUGAUGAACGACCGGGAUUUAAUCAUGCUAUUAGUAGUGCACUUCAAGGAGGAGGGAUUCCCUGGAAGAUCGAAGGCCGGCAGGAGCCGUGUGCACUCCGAGAUGCCCGGCUUUUUCGUGCAGAGGCAUCCGGCAUCUGCAGCAGCCUUGCGACGGCGCUAGAACAUGCACAUGAGCCGCUGCAACCUCAUUGGCGGAGUUUGCCGGGGAUGGCGAUGCAUAUGGAUGAUGAGCCCACUCCAGACUGGAACGACCGCAGUGGUGGUGGUGGUGGUGGUUGUGCCGCAUCUCAGUCCAGGCCGAGAUCUCGGUUGUACGGAUUGUACGGCGCAUGUGGAUGGUCCGGGUUAGUUCGAAGGAAAGAGCGGAAGCAGCAUGCCUGUAGCUGGUCAGCAACUGCUGAAGUGGAGACCAUGAGGAGGUUCACUGAACUCUCGCAACAACCAGCUUUGAGUCCUAGCACGAUCAGGAUCUGGACAAGGAUAAAGACCAGCUGGGAUUCUAUGCGGCCGCAUUUUUGCUCAGCAGUGCUUCCACGGCAAACACGAGUGGAACCAAUGGCGACGUCGAGUAGGCUACAGCUGCUAUGCUUUUCAAUGUGAGGAUUCGGCUUCUAGCAAUAUAUGAUUAGCGACUGGUAUACGAGACUGCUGAGGGACGAAGUGGUUGCAGAGUGGAAGGCGGCUCAGUCCAAUAGGAGUGAAUGCUCGCUGUCAUUACAUGUCCAUUGUCAGAUCGACGGUCCCAUCCCGAUCGUCCCAGAUGGAUUUCGCCGUUGGAUUUUCAGGCGGGAAAUGCCGCUGGUAAAGC